AUGUCCAUCGCGGAUAAGGACAGUUUCAGGGUACCGGAAGUUUUAGACGUAGAAAUGCCAUCAAAACUCCUGGAAGAGAUAGAGCGUCUGAAAAAAUUGAAGGAGCAGGGAAUAACACCUAAUCGCAAUAUAGAGGAAUCCAUGGAGUUCAAAAAUCCGUACCUUCUGGAGAAAAUCAUGAAAGUGUUUGAUAUUAAUGGUUAUUGUUCGAAUUAUAAUAAAAAUGUUUAUGACCCUGCCAUAUAUGAAACCCUUGCCAAUGAGCCAUUGGAAGACGAAACAGGUAUACUAAACACAUUGGAUAUUGACAUAUUCGCCGUUUUAGCUGAAAAGAAACAAAAGAGAAGAAAACGUUCUGGAUGGACAGACAAGUAA